UAAACGAUGAUAGACCUACAUACUCGACUAACAUAACGAGUUUAGUAAAAUGGUUAUCAAUUGAUAUUCGAUACGUGGUGAAAGUCUUCGCAUUUGCUUUUCAAUUUUUUGGCUAGACAUGUUUUUUUUUAUGAGAGUGAACGUAAAUAAAUGUAUUUUUUAUUGGGCAAAAUGUAAUUGAUGUAUUACGUUACCGGUGAUGCAAUUGCAGCGAUGAAUUUUGAACUUGUUUGAAUUUUAUUCACUCGCCGUGCUAUUUUUACAAAAUAUACAUGUGUCGCGAGGUAGAUUGUGGCAAGAAUGGACGCACGCCAUUUUCCGUCACAGGGCUGUUUAUAUUAAUACAGGACAUUGCAUGUUCUCGCUGCGAGGGAAACGACAUUUCCGCGCGACAGGUAAUUUGCUAUUCCGCUUUAGAAUUAGCUGACUAAUUGCCACGGGUUUACGAUGAGAACGAAUUCAAAGCUCGAUAGGGAUACACCGCGUAUACGUAUCACAACACGUGUAACGCUUUGCCCAAUGAGUUUCAUGCGUGAAUAAUUUUCGCCGCUCCAGCUUUCGUAUUUAUCGUACGUUAAUCUUAAUAUUAACAAAUUAAUGAAACGCAGACCGUGAACGUGACAAAAUUCGCGUUAAGUUGUACUUUGUGACAACAGUGAUAACGAUCACCGAAACUACGCGAACCCCAAGAGGGGUUUAUUAUCGUCGAUUUAAACAUGACAUCGAAGCAUCUCGACUUAUCAUUGAGACUACUAACGGAUAACGCUCGAACGCGCUGUUCGCUCAAACGUCGAGAAAAGUCUGAACGAGCUUUCUAAAGUCUGCUUCGUGUAAACUUUGUACGUGCGAAAAUGUAACAAUUUCGUCGAUCUACGAGGAUUUCUACGAUUGCGAUUGAAGGAUUCGCACGGAGGAAAGUACUAAAAACGCUCGAGGAUAUCAUUCGAUGUGGAAAACGCGCAGUCAACAUGUUCGCGUGCCUGUGGAAUUUCUUCGACUGGCUCGACCAGCCGGUGACCAGCUCAACACCUGGAAUGGACAACAAAAAGAUUGUCCAAUCGGCUACGCCGCCCGCUGUACCUGUCCAGGUACGUAGCAAACACGAUGGCUCGGGAGUGGCGGCUUCCAUAUCGGGGGUGCGCAGACGGAGCGGUCCUCAAGGGGGACUGCGUUCGCCCGCUGCGAAAAGGCCCCUCUCCGCCCCCGUUGCACUUCAGGGCUGGUUGCAUAAGCAAGGUUCGGAAGGUCUCAUGCUCUGGAAGAAACGUUGGUUCGUUCUCUCCGAAUACUGUCUCUUUUACUACAAAGGUCCGGAGGAGGAGAAACUGCUUGGUUCGAUAUUACUUCCUUCGUACAGAGUUACCGCCUGCAAACCCGAAGACAAAGUCAACAAGAAGUUUGCCUUCAAGGCCGAACAUGCAAACAUGAGGACUUACCACUUUGCAGCUGACAAUCGCGAGAGCAUGAACCAAUGGGUGAACGCACUUACUCUGGCGACCCUUCUACAAGAUCCUAAUCCUGGCGCAGGCGAGGCUGCAGUGGUAAUCGAGAUAGCGCAGGACGGCGAGCGAAGCGCCCGGCCUAGCGUCUCGUCGAUCUCGUCGAUCUUGAAUCAAAGCGCCGAUGAUAGCGACUCUGGCUUCCAUGGCUUUCAAUCGCGCGACGAUCCUAGCCACGCCUCGAACAACAACUCUAGCCCGAACAGCGCGAACACUGCCUCCUUCCCAAAUUUGAGCAGUAGCAAUAGCAAUGGCAAUUCCGCCAACAACAAUCAUGCGAGCGACUCGAGUCAUCCGAUGAUGAACGGUUGGGUGCCGCAGCAAUACGGUCAGCCUAGCACCUCUCAACCGCAGCAGCAGCAGCAGCAGCAGCAGCCGUACGGACAUUUGCAACAACUGCAACCGGGCCACUCGCACCAGCAUCAAGCAUUGUUGCAUCAACAUUUACCGCAUUCGAGUACGCUUCCGACUCAUCAGUCGUCGCAUCCGCACAAGCAUAUGAUCCAACAAUCACCGCAACAACAACAGCCGCCGUCUCAACAAUUGCCGCAUCCCAUUGCGAGCAACAUUCAGACGGUGCAGCCUAUGUCUCGAAAAUUCGGACAGCCGAUUUAUGCGAACGCACCGCCAAAACCGAGAAGAUUGACGGACGGUUCCACCGAGUACUCGACGCCGUCGCCGGAUCCGGAUUAUCGGAAAAGCCCGGUCUCGCCGGACGUUACGGUGACCAGUAAAAGCCCGAUGUCCGACUACGAGAGGAACAAUACGAUUUACGGCACGCGAAUGAAUCAGCCGUCGCAGCAUCAGAGUCUGCGGACCGAUAAGUCGGGCCUGAAUUACGGCUACGGUCAAAUCGUGCAACCGACGGAGAGGAGAACCCCGGACACGUACGGUCGUAGCGCGAAACCAAGAACCAGCAGCAGGAGCAAUGGCGAUUACGAGGAACUCUAUGGAACCCCGCCGCUCUAUCAAAGACCCGCGGGUCCGGUGGGUUAUACGAAGGGCGCGUCCCCGGCGCCAAUUCCCAUUCCCGUUUACGCGCAGCAACAACAUCUUCAACAACUGCUGCAUUCCCCCGUCACGCCGUCGAACAUGCCGAUGGUAAGGCAGCCGAGAACUCAACCGCCACCGCGACCGCAUAGCGCAGAUUUUCUAGAAUACGAAGCGGCAAGGCGACCUCAGCAACAACCCGCGCAAUGCGAGAGGCCGCCGGAUCAGCAGAGACGUCCGCAGAGGCCUAAGUCCAGUCUAGAUAUAGUGAAUCCGUCAGAUGUGACUAACGACGGUUACUUCUAUUCCGAAGAAAGAUACGCGGCGCAGAUGCGGCAGUCUGCGGUUUAUUUACAUCAAACACCCCAGCAUUAUCAACAACAGUGGAAUCAGUCUCUCUCGCGCGUUACGAUGCAGCCGAAACUGCCGGGUAUCCGCGAUAAGACCGACGAGAAUAGAAUAUCCAUAUUGCCGGAUUCCACCUGCCCCGCUCUGAGACGCACACAGCGAGAUCACGUUCAUGGGCAACACACGAUGCCCGCUCAGUCGCUGACGCAGAGACAUUCCGAGAUAAUGAGCUCCGACCCAAAAUUUCGAAGAUCCUUGCGCGAGAAGAGCUACGAGGCGAAUGGCCGCGAAGUACUAACGCAUGGCGGUGAGGAUAACACGAUUCCUCGAAGAGUACCGCGUGGCGAGUACGACGGGUGGGGGAGAACGACGGGUCACAGUGUCCACGGAACCCACAUCACUCAGACGUAUCACGCCGGUCACGCAGGUGGUGGCAGACGAUGGAGCGAGCAGCAGCAGUUUUGCAGAUCGGCGUCGGCGCGUCUGCCAAGGACACGGCAUCCCGCCGCGCUUGAUCCCGACGACGACGACUACGCCGAGAGGUCCUCCGAGCAGGAUUCGCGGGAUGGUGAACGCAAGAUUCAACAGCGCGAAGAGUCGAUGAAGCGGUUGCUGGAAUGGAAGCAGCGUAUGCUGCAAUCCCCGUUGACGCGAAAGCCAUCCGGUUCGGCCAAUCGGGGCAGGGCACAAAAUGAUCUUUCGAGUUACUACAAGCAACAGGCGCUGCUGGAUUUGGCAGCGCACGAGGCCGCUGUGGCGGAGAGUCGUCACUCUCGUAGGCGGGAGGAUGGGCAUCGUUCGCAUGUCAGGAGCAAGAGCUCGGACGGCCGUCGGGCUGCCGUCAACGUGCCACGAUAUAACAGCUAUUCCAGCGAUGACGAAGAGCUGGGAGAUGUCCGGAGGAAGCGCACGCGCAGACCCACGCAUGCAGGAAGGAGCCCCCGGCACGCCGGCGACGACCGGUCAUCGGCGGCAACGUCGAUCGUCCAGGAUCUCACGAUAUCCCCCGGCGGGAUCGGCGGCCGCACGAGCGUUAAUCAGACGUCGCAGUUGCAAAUGUUGAACACUCGCAAGACGAAUUCGGGUGGAAGCGCGGGCGGCAUACCGCCGGACGCGGGUUACGACGAGGUGAGUUUCCCGCCGCUGAUGAGAAACGAUUACGGGUAUGCGCCGUCAAUGAUGGAUAGGCGAUCGUCGUCCAGGAGGUCGAAUCCAGAUAUUACGUACGAGGAUUCCGCGAUCAAGCACAAGACUCCGAAGAAACCGUUGGGAAUCCUGAAGACCUCGACCGCUUACAGCUACGACCAGCGGCAAUUCGACGGGCAACAAGCCGGCGGUAAAAUCGAAAACAACACAUCGGAUAAUACGCGUGAAUAUUGCAGCAGCGAGUUAUGGCAGGUACAGAAAAACGUACAAUGGGAUGCCAAGGACGAUAACGAUGAAUGGGAUCCCGGCAUCGACGAGAGUAAAGUUAUUAAAGAAUUUUCUUAUCAGUAUAUUAAUCCUAAGAAAACGGCGGCGUCACCAAAAAUAGAAGAUGAGAAGUCCGAGAUCAUGAAUCUGGUGCAAAGCCGAAUCAGGUCCUUUGAGAUGAAUAUGGACAGCGCCAGUCCCGCCACAAUGGUGUUGUCUAUGCAGGAGCCGCUGAAGGUGUCGCCGCAACAGGCAACCGAAGCUCAUGUUUCGAAACUCGAUUGCGCGAAUAAGACCUCGUCCGUCAUACGUAGCUUUGCUCUGGGUGAUCCGAGCGUUUCGGAGAACGCUUCUAAGCACAAGAACGUAGAAGGACACGCUAAGCAAGCUUCGACUGACAGUAACAAGUCGGUCAAAGAUCUCCUAGCAGACUUUGAACGAAAAUCGCAACAGAUUAAUCAGCAAAAGUGUGAAAAGCGGCAAGAAUCAAAACAUUGUGAAGAUGACGGUAAUAAUGAUACGUUACAGUAUGACAUUGACAGUAAUACGGAACGUCGAGACGAUGGAAAAUUUGUCGAAAAAGAAAAUGGAGCAGAUGAAGUCGUUGCGCAACGUUUCGUUGCGGAUACCCUCUAUACUAGUAUGCAAGUGCAAAAUUCUGAUGAAUCUCGAAGCAAGAUGAUCAGCUCGAAAGACAAUCUGACUGAACAAUACGUGCCAUCCGAUGAUUUAGAUAUUAUCUCGAGUUCAAAUUGUGCCAGAACAAGCAUAACUGAAUCUUUGUUAACGUAUGGCGAUCAAUUCCCCGAUGAUAAUGAUCCGAUCAUUUCUAUUUCGAAGCAAGAGGACAUCAACAGCGAAGAUCAUUAUCUUCCUAUGUCUCCCAGAAAGGCUAUAUUAGAUCCAAAUAGCGACGACAGGCCGAAUCCUAAGAUAAUGGAAAGCCUGUUUGCCAACCUGGAGCAUGAGGAAAGCUCGUACGUGGAGAUGACACAGAACGGAAUGAAUCGCUCUCUUCUGGCACCAAAUGAGGACGGUGUAAAGCACGAUUCCGGUGAUUAUUCCACGCUGGACACAUCCCAUUACGAAUUCGUUUGCGUGUCGGACAGCAAAAUGGAACCGGUGUACAUGGAGGUGAGUCAGUUAUCCGAGAAGGAAGACGAAAAUAAUGAUAAAACAUCCUUGACGAAGAAGAAGAUCAACGAGAAUUCGCUGCAUUCCAGAAGUGAUUUGCCCGACAUUCUGACGGCGCUUAAAUCCGACAGUUCCGACGCCGACGACGAAUCGUCCAAGGAUCUCGAUUCUAUAGACGCGCCGCGGCAUCCACGUUUCAGUUUGUCCGACACCUUUCGACCAGCCUCCUAUUACUUGGGAGCUAGUCGUAACAUGAUCGCAGAAUUACAUGACUCAUCGGACAGUGAACUGGUCUCCCCGCCGCCGAUACCGACCUCACCGCCACCAUUAGAUGAUUUAGAUUCAUUGGAUAUGCAGGAAUCAUUAGAAAUAAAAAAGGUCUCGCCUCGGAUGGUUAUGACAAAAGAUAAUUCGAUGAAUCGCGACUCUCCAAAAUCUUGGAACAAAGCGAUGGGUCAGGUGGAAACGCAUAGGCCGCCGUCAAGAUUUUCCGACGCGACCAUCAGCUCCACCUUCAGAGGCAGCAGGAUAUCACUGGAGAGUGCAUCCGGGAGCGAUUCGGUCGAGCUUAGAAAUUCAGAGGAGGAAGCCCGCCACAGACAACUGAAAAGGAGACCUGUCAGCGACGAUGUUUGCGAAGUUUUGGACAGUCUAGAUGAGUUGGAGUCGUUGGGAAGUCGCUUUGACGGCGCGAGUAUCGACCUCGAUCAAUAUUUGGAGGAAUUGCAAGCUAGAGAUGCAUUUAACGUGGAUCUUUAUGCGAAGGAUCUGAGCUACAACAGCAUUUACGGAUUUAACGAGAACAUGCUAGUGGUCGAUAAACUGCAGAAAACCACGUGUCAGGAUCUGUCGAGAAAGAUGAAAUUAAUGUCCAACAAUCUCGACCGACCAUUCGAUUACUCCAGCAAAAACAAGACUGGCUCGGCGAGCAGUCUACCGUCUAUGAGAGUAUCCGAUCUACCCCCUGCUCAUCAACACUCGCAGUCUUUCACUGGUGAUACGCAUUACGAGAACGUUGCGAGCUUCUCGCCGCUUCGCAGUUCGCCGGCGAUUCGACCCGACAGCGAUGAACCGCCGCCGCGCGACAGGAUGCAGAGCGCGUCGCAGAGCAUUAGUGCACUGCCAGUUUCUCACAGCAGGGAUUCGAGUUACUCGAAUGCGUCGGCCGCGGCGUCAAUCGCGACGUCCAUGGUCUGUCAGAGACCCGCCAGCGCGCAAUCCUCGAUGUACUCCGCCGUCAAUGCGUUCACGUCCUCGGUGAAUCGCGCCAACGCGUACACGGAGCAGAGAUUCUCGUGCCAUUCGAGGUCCGCCAGUCACGACACGUGUGUGCGACACGUGUUACCGAAUCAUCGAUCGACCUCCAGCCAGGACUCGAGUCAUUACCCCAGCCCGACACCAGCAUUGCAGACCGCUAAUCCCGUUUUGCAACAGUCGUAUUUGCCGAACGUGAGCGAACAGCGUACUCAGAGCGAUCAAUCGGGAGCGCCCUAUUACUAUUCCGAUCUCCAAGCCAGUGUCAACAGUGCGAGCGACAUGGAGCUUGCCAAACCGAUGAUCGGUUAUACCUCGCGACUACCUCAGCUCAACAAUCAGAGGGACGACGCCGCGAUUGGCUUGAACAAGCGUAAUGACAUUGGUCGUAUAGUGAAUCCGAUCGCGCGACAGAUACCGCGGCAGAUUCAAGUAGACGAUAUAGACGAGGCUAGACGCAUCGCCGCGGAGUUAAGACGUACAACUUGCCAACUGUUGGGCGACAACAAGGCCGCUCUCGUAGAUAAACGUAACUUUUACGAGGCCGAUACACUGCGCCGAGUAAAGUCUACAGAUCCACUGCCAGAUGUAUCGUUGCCCGAGGCCAGAAACUUGUAUCCCCACGGUCUUAGAGAUAAAUCUGUUGAUCCAGGCAGCAUCGAUAAUACCGAACCGACACACAUCGCACAAACGUCUCAUCGUCGGUCGAGAUCUCUAGAGGGAUUACUCGACGACGUUGGUCUACAAAAUUUAGUAGAGCAGCGAAACCGAGCUAACCGAGCGGCGGCGACAGCGGUUUCAGUCGCUUCGACCAGUCAGAUCGAAGCAACACUGCAGAAUUUGUCGUCAUCCGACGAUCAUGGUGCUACGACUGAUAAUAAUUUCCAUACCGAGGAUCCUUGGGAGCAGGACAGUCUCUGGCGCGAGAGUCUGAGAAGGGUGAGUCUGCGGAAUGCCAGAUCUUUAGAUAAUCUGGACAGUCCGCCGAGACCUGGAAGGCACGGUGACACUAAGUCACGUGGUAGGAUCACCCGAGGAGCGACUUACGUGAAUGACAACAUCACUCUACGCAGGGACAUUUGCACGGAAGAGUCAUCGUGCGGCGAGCGGUCGCGAGUCAAACGUAGAACGAAACAGGAUCACGAUCAUCAAACGCGAAAACGAUCGAUCGAGAACGAUGACGAUGGCGACGAUGGCAACGACGUCAUCGCUUAUGGAACCUCGAUGGAACGAAUCGGCGCGGGUGGCUACGUAUGGGAUCCGCAGAACGAAGCCUACCGCAAAUCCACUACAGCGGACCACAGGAAUCAUUUUUUAGAGGACGGCAACCUUCCCCCGGCUCGCUCGAUUCCGGACGUCCGAAUGUCCGCGACGUCGUUCGAGCUCGACCGAGAGAAGCUCCGCCAAUGGGACCUGUUAUCGAGCGCCUGCUUACUCCAGGAACAGCAGCGCACCUCGAUGGCGGACUCGGGGCGAGGGUUGCCGGUCGCGGAACAGCCUGGAGAAGCUCACGAUUCAAGACUCGUCGUUGUCGCGGCGACAACGACGACGACGAUGACGAUGACAAUGACAAUGACGAUGACGAUGACGAUGACAACAACGACGACGCCGACGACGACGACAACGAUACCGACAAUGAGCACGGAGAUCGACAACGGGCAGGUAAACGUUAUCGUAAAGCCGAUCGAUACCGCGGAUGUACGCGACGUCUUGGCGACGAAGAUGCCGAUCAAGCAGCAGGAACCGUGUAAACGGGCUGCAGCAUCCGGCUCAGGAUCUGUGAUAGGAAGAGAUCCUCUUCCGCCUAGGGCCGUCAGCACGUCUCAUCUGCCUCAAAGAACGCUGACUCAACCGCCGACGGCGGUGUCCACACUUCCGUUACCGAGAAGCAGUGCCGGCAGCGGACAUCGGCAGCCGCCGCUUCCGCUCCAUCGCUCGACUCCACAGCAGCAACCAUCUAUGAGGCAGCUGGAUGGCGAGACCACCGCUCAGAUGCUGAGGGUCGUCAGUAAUGGCGACAUCGUCAAGGGUCCCGGCAUGGUUACCGGGAACGAGAUGAGAGACCUGAGGUUAGCGUCACCGAGCGGUCAUUCCACUCAGCGAUUGAUCAGCCCGGUCGGACAUUUGCGGGUCGCUUCGUUAAACGAUCAUCGUGUUUCCAGUCCCAGCGACAGCGAAAUAUAUGUGCAUAGUCCAAGCGAGAGAAAAAUGAUGAGCUCGAUCGGCAGGGAGGUCGAUCGAGGAGGUACAACGACGACGACAGGGCAGAGACAAAACCAGCAACGGAUGCGUGCGGAUUGUAGUGAACUGCUGCAUAAAAGGAGUAACGUCAACAGUUCCCUGAGAGCGGACGCCGGCGGCAGGCAGGUGACACAGAUUGGCGCAUCCGGGUUGGUGCGAGUCUCCGCCGGCGAGCUUCUCGGCAGGACCCACGAAGAACUGGUGCUGCUGCUAAUCCAAUUGCGACGUCAGAACGCGACGGUCCUCAAGGCGAUGGAGACGUGUCAUAUGGAGAUCGAGGCGCAGCAGGCUAGACUGGCGGAACUCGACACACCGAGACGACUGGAGAAUCUUCAAAAACUCGAGGAACUCAAGAGACACCUAAUGGAUCUCGAGAAGCAGUACGAGAAGAGCAAGCCUCUCGUGAAUCUCGUGGAUAAUAUGGUGAAAUUGGGUUCCUUGUAUAAUCGUAACACUGCCAACGGGACCAGCAAUGUUUCCGGUUCUCGCCACGAUCUCAUGCAUGAAAAUACGAGGGAUCAUCGCGACCGUCUGGAGUUUAAUCAGAGAGUGCAAGAGCAACGAUUGCUGGCCGAAGAACGCAGAGAUUGGGACAGAUUAAGUCCCGAUCAUGGACAGUUACAGGCUAAAGUGCAGCAGCUUUACAAACUCGAUCGAUUGCUUCAAGAGGAAUCUGGCACGCUGCACAGUCUCCAACAAGACAAGGAAAUACUCGAGAAGGCUUUGGGCGGGUUGCGGCAUAAACUGCAAGGUAGCAGAAGUAAUUUGGCCGAAGCCGAACGAUACCGGAAGCAGCAACUUCUGUUGGAGCGCGAGUUGAGCAGAGUGCGGGUGUUGCUAGCUCACAAUUCGAAGGUAAAACCGGUAUUCUUCCAGAAACUUGAGGAGACAGUAGCCGAAAAUGCGAGAUUGGAGCAAGAUUUAGUGGUAUUGAGGCAAAAAGUGCAAGCGUCCAGAAGAUACGCCGGUAAUGUGGCGCGAGACACUUCGAGUACGACCGCACCGCUGGAAGCGGAAUUACGACGAAUGCAACAACUUGUCGGCGAUCUGCAGAGACAAAGGAAGGAAUUGAGCAUUCAAGUUCGCCAACUGACAGAGAAAUCUCACAGUUUGGUGCAGCAAAUUCGCCCACAGCCUCUACAUGCUCCCCAGGUACAUCAUCCGAAAAAGCGUACGCAAAAUUCUUGGCUAGAAACCGACUUAGAUUCUGGAAUAACCCUGGAUCACGGUUUAGACUCACCAUCAAGUCCAUCUUUAUCCAUUUCACCUCCGAAUAAACAAAACGAUAAUUCUCAUCAACGAUAUGGCUCUCCUACGCAGUACAAGGAUUUAUCUCCGUUAAAUCGCCUACAAAAUCAACAAUCUUUCGCGCAACCCUCCCAAAAUCACAUAUCGGCGCUUUCGCCGCAAUUGCGCGAGCAGAUUCAACAACAUCAAUUAAAGCAACAAUUACUGAAAGAUCAAAUGCAAGGAAAGGGUAGCGCGAUCCAAGUGGCGCCUUUAUACGUUAAUACAGAUUCUAGAAUAACAGGCGAUUACGUUGCCGAUACGAGCAAGCACAAUGGAAACAUGUUGAAUGGCACGCCGAAUUCCGCUCCGGAAUAUAUUCCGCCGCCGCCACCACCGCCGCCGUCUUUGAAUGAGGAGACAUUACUAUCGAACGACAAUUAUAAACAAAAUGAGGACAACAAAUUCGCCGGAUUAAUGCACAAUCGUGAGAAGCAAGAGAUCAAGACGGUGCGUAUAGUAAAACGCGAAUCGGAAAGACGACAAAGGGAUCGCGGCGAUAGAACCGGCAAUAUUGGUAUUCCUCUAACAAACGGUCUUCAAGCACCAGGCGGCGCAAAGAGACUAUGCGACGAUGACUUGGGAGGUUCCCAAAAAUUCGAAAAAGCUCAACUGGGUAAAGUAGUAGAGGAAUCACCAUCGAUCAUUCACGCGCAAAGCACGGUUCAACUAUCUGAGCUAGACGAUGUUCAGUUCCAAAGAAGCAUGUCUCUACCGCGUGGUUUCGGCGGACAAAAACAGUAUUCUGGGAUACACUACGGGCCAGUGGUACCUCCACCACGCAGCGACAGCAUGCAUGCUCUGAAGAGCAUGAUGGCGCGGCGACAUAAAAUUAGGUUUGAAAGUCACGACGGCAGUUCCGAUAGCACUUUGUCGCCGUACACGGACAGCCCUACGUCCAGUUCAUACGUGCCGAUGAGUUCACCCAACUAUUCCACCGCAUCGUCGUAUAGCCCGAAUCAGAAUCAAAAUUAUACGCCGCAAGCGGCGAUGAUCACCACGCAGCCUCAUUAUCACAACCACUCGUUCGGACCAUCGUAUAGACAAUUUGAUAAAACCGUGACUCUCGCGGAUACUGUGAGCUCCGAAUUAACAUCGUCGACUAACGCUGGCGUUCACGAUGCGCGACUGGUCGCUGUCGCAACGUCGACGAAUGCAAACCAAUCCGAAUCACCACAAUUGUCGCCGGUGUUCAAAAGCGAGGCUGCCAAACAGAUUAUCAAAGAAAUGACCGAGAAGAAAGUGGAAGGACCGAGACGACGACAAAUACCGCGGGAGAAGAGGCGGCACUAUACUGUGUCUAGUAGUAAACCGGUGCUCGACUUAGAAGAUACUUUCUCGAAGAUGGGCAUGGGCAGAGCUAGAGAUGAUUUGGAUAUGGAAAGAGCGCUCAGACCCAGAAUAAACGCCCCUGAUGUGGUGCGUUCGACGUUAAGUCACAAAGAGUUGAAGUAUAAUGAGAGUACUAUAGAUCAGCUAUUAGGCACGCCCAACAAAAUUGUUAUCCCCGAGCGAUAUAUUCCCGAACAGACACCAGAGCUAACAGCGGAAGAACAGCAACAGCGCUUUAAAAAGGCAGAAGCGAUCAGGAAAAUGCUUUCAGAAACAACUGUGACUGCACCGGAAGGAGGUGACGAUGAUUCUAAUGUAGAAAAAUCAGAUACAUUAAAACGAAAAGUGGUGGAAGAAAAGCGACAGAGAGAACACAUUCUUCAACUUAAUCAGAUAUUGGCGAAGCAAGUGAUGGAGAAAAGUAAAAUGGUAGCAGUGAAAGCUCUGGCAACGCUUCCUCUGAAAACUGAAUCGAGUUUAGAUGAUGAGGAUCUCUCGCCUGUGGCUCCUUUACCACUUUAUCAGCAAAGGGAAAACUAUUACACGUAAGCAUCAUUUCAAGAGCACAAGCGACACUACUGCCAAUAUGAUGAAGAAAGAGAAAAGAGAGAAACAAGAAGGAACUUCUUCCGAGGAUUUAGUUGAGAAGCAUGCGAAAAUUGAUGCAUUAUACAGGAAAAAGUGCUUUUUAUUUGCAUUGAAUGCAAUUGUACAUAAUCAUUGACUAAAUAAAACGAUAAUAAAUAGCUGUCAUAUUUGUUAACGAUAAGGAUUCGUAAUAAAACAAUUACAUACAUAUAAAGAAAUGUUAAUUAAUUUAGACGCAGGCGGCGACUCUCUGCGUAAUUGAAAGAAUUGUUGAGUAUGUUAUCAGACUGAAUAUCUCUCAUAAUUCUCUUAAAUAAACUUAUCAGCGUUGCGAUUUAUUAUCAUUUUUUAUCGAUACUGACAUUCAGCAUUAAAUAAGCGUUACUUGUCGGAUGACAAAUUUUAAACGCGUGACGAAUUACCGGAUAAUUAUAUCCGUCUUUGAGAAACUUUUUAUCGCGUCUGUUCGCAAUCGAAAGUUCAUUUUCGAAAGUUUUCAAAUUGAUGCGUAUUUUAUAAGUAUACAAGACUAUUAUCUCGAUUGAGAGAGAAUCUGAUUUGGAUACCAUUAUUCGUAUCUCUCGUUUUACGUAUGUACAAUCAUUUUCACGAUUUUCAUGAACUUUUAUAUUGAUACAAGCGAGCGAUGAAAUUACCGCCACCAAAGCCUGAACGAAGUUAGUAACUUUAGAUUUAUAAUAGCGCGCGACAAAGGCUCUUUAUUUUAGUAACGACAUCGAUUCGUGCAUGCAAAUCGGAAAGAAAAGAAAUAGUUAUACGAGUAACUACCAAAAUGUCAAAAGCGCUAAAAUAUCGAGCCUUUCUUAGACUUUAUUCGCCGAACUCGAAAGGACAACGGCACCGACCGCGAAAAUUACCGUGUAAUUAGAUUGUGUAAUUAGAUUGUAACGAACGCAUGAUAUACAUACGCUUUUAAAGCGCCCGUUGUAUACAUAUAUAUAUAUAUAUAUAUAUGUACGAUUUUUCACGGGCCAUUGUAGCAUGGCAUAUUAAUGUUCAGAGCAGUCGUAACAGUCGUAACGAGUGCCAAAUUUCUCAUAAUGACGAACAACAACGAGCGAUUAAAAAAUCGUCACAGUAUCGACUAAGCGAAAUAUUGCAAGCCGAUAAAAGAUGCGAUAUACAGCGUUUAUUAUAAAAAUAAAACUCGCGAAAAAAAACGAAACUCGUAUGCAAUUAUAUAAUACUUUGUCAUCAUCAUUAAUUCUUUAUUCAUAAUAUCAUUAAUAUCAUUCUCCUUAAUUCGUAUUUCAUCGAUAUUUCAAGUCGAACUUGAUCCUUUGGGCCUACAUCUCAUGGAUUAUCUCGUGGAUUAGUAAAUACAAUUAUUUGAUACAAAAUAUUUCAAAAUAUAAGUAUAGAAAUGGUAAAGAUUUUUCAAAAAUGUUUACAGCUAAUUUAAAUUUCGAAUUAUUAAACUUUGAAAGGCAUAAAAAAGCAGAAAUUUAUAAUAUUUUUAAUAUAUUCUCUUGAAUAUAUAUAUUCCUUUUUCGGAAAAAAAAAAUUAUUUUUCAGUCGUUGACCGCGCGACAAAAAAAUUCGAAAUCAGCAGCCGGAAAAAGAUGAAGAAAUCAAUGCUGUGUAAUUUCAUAGAAAUAAUAGAAACUGAUUGAGACUGAUCGAAUAUCCAUGGGAUAUCCUAUCCGAUGCUGUAGGGAUGAUUCUCGAUUCUCUUCAUUGCCGCCCUCGAGCAUCUUUUGCAAUUUGGCGCGCGCGAACCACACUACAGAAUUCUUAUUGUUAGCACAAAUUUUUAUAUAACGAUAUAUAUCUCUACGCGCGCGAUACACUGUUGUCACUAUGUAACACUUAUUUCCAACACUAAUGCGCAUCUAUUGUACAUAAUCGUGCACAAUAUAACGCGAGGCACUCUCGAUAAAACUGGAAAAAUACACUCUCCUUUUUGAAGACGUGACGCACUUUGCAAAAGUCCACGAAGUUGACUUCGCAUGCGCGCAAAAUGGCGACGAUUAUCGAUAGUGUCGCCACCUUGCGAUAUCGACGCAAUCGCGCGCGCAUUUUGAUUUCAAAAGAUUUCGAUCCCGCUCCGUAAAGUCCUGCAAACGAAACGUUUUUAUCGCGUGGGAUACUCGAAUAUAUCCAUAAGCGAUUGAUACUAUUGAAAAAACACUAUGCGAAAAUUAAUCACGAGAAAAAGAACUGUUAUUGUUAUAAUGAUGAAAUAAAAAUAAUACAGCAAAAAUCGAUGAAACCAGCUUUCCCAGACAGCACACAAUAUUUAUAUAAAAAUAUGUACAAAAUAUUUUGUAUUACUGUCUUUGAUCAUUUAAUGUUGACUGGUAAAAUGAGCUUAAAUUAUUUUGAUACCCUGUCAAAGCGUCUAUUUUUUAUAAUACAUUAUUAUAUUAAUAUAAUUAUUAAUAUAAUAGGAAACUAUUUAAAUUGUAAAAAAAACUAUUUGUAUGUUAUUACUUACUUUUAACACAAUUUUUCUGAAUAUAUUUUCAACUACUGUUUUGAACUUCUACUGUCGACUUCUGUUGGUGAACACAGAGAGAGAUGUUAAAUUUCAAGUGCUGAUAACAAAAGCAAAGUCGCCAAAAACGGGUCGCGGCUCAGCAGUAGAAGGGAUAACGCACACAAGCAUAAACCGCAGAGCGCUCUGCGCA